AUGGCAGUAACAUUUGAAGAUGUGACUGUUAGUUUUACUUGGGAGGAGUGGAAAUUGUUGGAUUCUUCUCAGAAAAAGCUCUACAGAGAGGUCAUGUGGGAGAAUUACACAAAUGUCAUGUUAGUAGGAAAUUGGAAAGACAGCUGCAAACCCCAGGAAGAAAGAUUCAGCUAUUUAGACCAUGAAAAUCUUUCCUGCUGGCAAGGCUGGAAGACUGCCAGCACUCCGACAUAUGAGAAUAAAAACUAUGUGGAAAUGGUUCAAGGUAUAGAUUCCAAAGACCUAAAGCAGCAACACCUUUCUCACUAUCAAGAAUGGUCAACACUCCCCACACAAGUAGCAGGGUAUGGGAACUAUGAACUGACUUUUGAAGGCAAAAGUCCCAGGAACUUAAAAUAUACCAAGUGUAUACCUUGUUGGUCCUUAGAAAGGAAACACUCUGAAGACGACGGUAGAAAAGUCUAUGUGAGUGAUUCAUGUGGUUUUCAAGGACUCAGAUACCAUGUUGGCAUAUCCAGGAGAAAUCUCUCUCUGGAAAAAGAACAGAAGCUUAAACGUCAGCAUUCUAUCCCAGGACAAGAAGCCUUUCCAGAGUACAUUGGGGAGAUAUGCCAAAAUUACCUGCUGAAAGGCUCUAUGGAAGAGAAAUACUGUGCAUGUAAAAAAUGUAAAGAAAUUUAUUACUGGAACUCACAGUGUGUUCUCCACAAGAGAAAUCAACUUGGAGAAAAGUUGUAUGCAUGCUCCAUCAGCCCCACAUGCUUCCCUCAGAGAUCAGACCUAUACAGACAUCCAAGAAUCCACACAGGUAAGCAGCUGUACAGAUGUGAUGAAGUUGCCAGUAACUUUAGUCAGAGCUUUGGUGUUCACUUUCAUCAGAGAGCCCACCCAGGGGAGGUACCUUAUAUAUGUAACCUGUGUAGUAAUAGCUUCAGUCAGAUCCCCAGGCUUCCCCAUCAUCAAAGAUUCCACCUGGAAGAGAAACUCUAUAAAUUGCAGUGUGAUAAGGACCUUGGUAGAAAUUCGUUGCUUCACAUUCACCAGAGACUUCACAUAGGAGAGAAGCCUUUUAAGUGUGAUCAGUGUGGUAAGAGUUUUAGUCGGAGUUCAGUACUUCAUGUUCAUCAGAGAGUCCACACCGGAGAGAAACCAUAUAAGUGUGAUGAGUGUGGUAAAGGCUUCAGUCAGAGCUCAAAUCUUCGAAUUCAUCAGUUAGUCCACACAGGAGAAAAGUCCUAUAAAUGUGGUGACUGUGGUAAGGGCUUUACCCAGCGCUCAAAUCUUCAAAUCCAUCAGAGAGUGCAUACAGGAGAGAAGCCAUACAAAUGUGACACCUGUGGGAAGGACUUUAGUCACAGCUCAGAUCUUCGCAUUCAUCAGAGGGUCCAUACGGGGGAGAAACCCUAUAUUUGUCAUGAAUGUGGGAAGGGCUUCAGCAAGAGUUCAAAACUUCACACUCAUCAAAGAGUGCAUACUGGAGAGAAACCCUAUAAAUGUGAACAGUGUGGUAAAGGUUUCAGUCAGCGUUCACAUCUUCUCAUUCAUCAGAGAGUCCAUACAGGAGAAAAACCCUAUAAAUGUGAUGACUGUGGAAAGGGCUUUAGUCACAGCUCAAAUCUUCAUAUUCACCAGAGGAUCCACACAGGAGAGAAGCCUUAUCAAUGUGCUAAGUGUGGUAAGGGUUUUAGCCACAGCUCAGCUCUUCGAAUUCAUCAGAGAGUCCACACAGGAGAGAAAACUUAUAAAUGCCAUGAGUAUUACAAGGGAUUCAAUCAGAAUUCACAUCUUUACAAUAACUGCAGAAGAGAAACCUUGUAA